UUGUGAGCUCAGCGGCACACGGGCUCCAGCAGUUGGUUCGGUGAUUAAUGUCGGAGUGGCCCCGGGGUUCCGCAGAGUUCUGUACCGCCGGGUGUCUGAGCGGCGGCGGCGGUUUGGCGGGUUUAUUGGCGGGGAUGGCGGCUCGGUGUGACCGGGGGGCGGUGAAGACGUGGCCGGCUCCGGCUCUACAAUGUCUCGCCGCUCCGCAGCUCAGCGUUUGGCAAGAACAGACUAGCCUAGCCCGGGUGCUAAAGCGGAGCCGCACGGAUCUCCAGCUUCCCCCCGGGGAUCCUGGAUCACACCGGCCGUGUCCGCGCCGACUGUUUACCGGGCCCGAGUAACCGGAGCUGAAGCCGUGACUGGCAGUGAGCAGAUCAUGAUUAAACCCAUCGGAGGCUGCUAUGCUGGUCUAAGCAUGGAAGAGGUGUUGGGCUGGGUAAAAAGGAGCACCAUCUGCAGCGUGCAAUCUCGGCACAGCAGGUGUACGGAGAGAAGAGGGACAACAUGGUGAUUCCUGUGCCCGAGGCAGAGAGCAACAUCACUUACUAUGAUUCCCUCUACCCAGGGGACUUCAAGAUGCCCAAGCAGCUUAUUCACAUACAGCCCUUCAGCUUGGACACGGAGCAGCCAGACUAUGACCUGGACGCGGAUGAUGAAAUGUUCGUGAACAGGCUGAAGAAGAAGUUGGAGGUAGGGGCACUGCAGUUUGAGGAGAUGAUCGACCGGCUGGAAAAAGGCAGCGGACAGCAGUUGGUAACUUUGCAGGAGGCGAAGCUUCUUUUAAAGGAGGAUGACGAGUUGAUCAGGGAAGUGUUUGAGUACUGGAGCAGAAAAAGGAAGUUGUGUCCGAGCGGAUCUCUCAUUCCCACUGUCAAACAGGAGAAACGAGAUGGCUCUAGUACCAAUGACCCCUACGUGGCCUUCAGGCGCAGAACCGAGAAAAUGCAGACCAGGAAGAACCGCAAGAAUGACGAGGUUUCAUAUGAGAAGAUGUUAAAGUUAAGGAGAGACCUGAGUAGAGCCGUCACCAUCUUGGAGAUGAUCAAGCGUCGUGAGAAGAGCAAGAGGGAACUUCUGCACCUCACACUGGAGAUAGUGGAGAAGAGGAAUGGAAUGGCUGAUUUUGGUGGAGAGGUGAUGGCGGAGGUUUUGGCCCAGAGGGCACUGGAGAAGCCGGUGAUCCCCCUGAUCCCCAUCACAAACAGCAACCAGUACAGACACACGGAGCACGACCGCGAAUACAAGACCAAGGUGGAUAAGCCAGAAGUGGUGCGUCAGAAAAGGAAGUAUGAGAAGAAGCCGAAGCCGUUGCCGCUGGCUGGCUCUCACCACUCCAGCCCCGUGGCCUUCAACACUAAAGACCUCAACCAGUAUGACUUCCCCAGCUCAGACGAAGAGCCCUACUCACAGCUGUUUUCUGGAUCGUCGGAGGCGGAAGAGGAGAAUGAUCCUGAUGGUGUGUUUGCGUUCAGGAGGAGAUCUGGCUGCCACUAUCACGCUGUGCGUGAGGGACAGACCGGUUCUUGGCCUUGGUCGGACCCUGCGGAAGGCGGUUUAGGAGGCGUUCGAUACCGAUACUCUCUCACCACGCUCACGCUACCACGGCGGUGUAUGGGGCUGGCACGGCGGCGGGUUGGAAGAGGGGGCAGGGUUCUGUUGGAUCGAGCUCACUCUGACUGCGACGCUGUAUAUCAUGGGCUGGACCUGGAUUCUCCUGCGUCUCCGGCUCCCUCCCCCUCCACCCACCCACCCGUUAAUAUGGAUACCUCACACGCCUCCAUCAGUACCUCCUCCUCUGCCUCAGCUCCUUCCUCCUCCCCCUCUUCGUCCUCCCUGGACCUCUCGCAGAUACUCCGAAAUAUCAAAGCUAGCCGCUGGAGGCAUUUCAGACCCCGUCUGACGCAGUCCAACGACCCCAACAACCCCCAGCCUGGAAUGGCACGAAGACCAGGCCGCGGACACCUCAUCCAGCCAAUCAAUCCCCUGAUACGAAGUCGAACAACCAGCCGAACGCUAGCCCCCCCGCCCACACCUGUUUUAACGGCUGAGCAGUACCAGCAGCAUCAGGAGCAGUUGGCACUGAUGCAGAAACAGCAGCUGGAGCAGGAACAGCAACAGCAAAGAUCCAGUGCCAACACACAGAGUUUAUCCAAGGUUUUAGACUCUGCGAGUGCCCAGUUUGCCGCGUCUGCACUGGUGACCUCAGACCAGUUAAUGGCACUGAAGAGUAAAGAGGAUGGAAUUCUGGGAGUUGGAGUCAACGGUGUUUCGGCCUCAGGAGUCUAUAAGGGCUUGCACCACAUGAGCACAACCUCUACGAGCCCUGUCCCCUCCUCUAACCACCAGUGUGACGCCCCUACCUCCACCCCCAACAACGGAACCUCCUCAGCCAAUCAUCACGUAGGCUCCACCAGCCCCGCCCCUGCGCAGGCGCUGCUGGCUGGGGCUGUGAGGGUUGGUGUGCCACCGCCAGGAGCGGCACUGAGUGUGCGGCACCUCCAGCGCCAGCUCACGGUCCCGGCUUCUGCCCUCAAACUCGCCGCUAACGCCAACCGACAGAUCCCGAAAGUCACAGCAGGGUCGACUGCUCUCGACAUGGGGACCAGGGAAAACCACGAUCAAGAAAAGCCAACAUUAAACAGUAUAGCAGAAAACACAGUAGCCAUGGAGGUUACGUAGCCCCGCCCACUCUCCACUCCUCCUCCCACUCCUCCCCCUCUCACCACCCCGAGAUUUGGGGCAUCUACUCUAGGUGCUGUGCAUCGUAGUGACGCUGUGUUUCAUGGCAACCGUUGGGACUUUACUGCAAUGCUCGUCUUUCUUUGUUUUGUUUUUUUUCUUUGUUACUGUUUAAAAUAAAUAUCAACAUCUGUAAAUUAUGAAAUAAGGCAUUUAUUCUAUGUACAGUACUACAUAUUUGUAAUAUGGCCCUUUGUAUAUAACAUUACUUGAAUACAGAAAAUUGUUCGGUUGUGAUGUUUUGCACUUGGGGGGG